AUGUAGGAUACACACAUAUAUGUAAAUACUGCUAUCCAGUGUGUGUAUGUGUCCAGAUAGAAAUAGAAUCCCCCUUUAAACAGUUCUGGAAUUAGAAAUAGACACGUUCUUUCAUGCUCUUUAGAGCUCGUAACCACGAUACAUUCAUCUUCAAAUCAAUCGUUUCCACGAAGGUUGGUUGAGUUCAAAAGUGUAACCUGCGGUAGCAGCAAAGCGGGGUUUCCAUUGGAAAUCUCGCCAACAAACGCCUAUUUAGCCCUGUCCUUUCGUCAGCAUUAACUGAAAUCAAACGAAAAAGAAUGUUUUAUUUCGUUCUAUUUUUGUUGUUGUUGCUGCUCCUGGAGGGGAAAUGAACGAAUACUUGGAUUAAUGGGUCCCGAAGCUCUCGGUUUACCCUUCGAUAAAAAUGUGCUGUUCUUUAAACACCAUCCCGUCCGCGUCUUCAGACCCUGGAGUUUAUUCUCUCUCUCCGGACAGCAAAAAAAUUAAUAGAAAAUAAACCGAUUCCAGCGGUGGCUGAGUCACCUGCCAGUGCAACAGCAAAUGUUGGCUCAAGGAAAAGAUUAAAUGUGAGGCUUAAACAGGCAGCACAGAGAUAUUACGCUAAGGCUACCGGUGGAAGGAAAAGUGAUCCGUGGGCUUUGAGGGAUUGCACCCAGCCCAUCUCUUGGCCGCCCCUGGCUCCAGUGAACCCUCAUCUGUUUAAGGACUGGGUGAAAUCCUGGCCCCACGGAGGUCCAGGGGCCUUUUGCCAUUGACUUGAAUGGGGCCAGGAUUUCAUUUCUCGUCCUGCAUUAGCGGAGAAGCUGCCCGAGCGCUUCGGUACAAAGAGCUAAGCGCGCUGCUCUUCUGAGCCAAAGAAUCGUUCGGCUAAUUCUCCUGCUACGAAAUCAUUGCGGCAGGAGCCUGGCUCCCAGGCCGGAACAAUGGGCUCCUUCGCGGCCCAGGACGAUGGAGCGGCUGCCGGCGGAGCUGCCCCCCAGUGACCCGCGGGAUGCCCGGCCCCCCCAGCAGCACGAUCCGGGAGCGGAAGGCACGAGCGAGCCGGAGAGCAGCCGCGGGGGGAUGGAGGUCCCAGGAGAGCCCCAGCUGCUGCUCAAUGGGGUUUCCAAGGAGACGGGCCGGCCCUCCCCCGGGCCCCCCGCCGCCGCCGUGCCGGUGAUCGAGCUGGUGCGCAGGGACAUAAAAGGCCGCGAGGCGCCCGGCGAGGCGAUGCAGAGAGCGCCGGGCGCCGAGCCGUGCAGAGCCCCGGCCGAGGCCGCCUGCGACGCCCGCAUGGUGCAGCUGAGCCCUCCGGCGCUUCCCCUGCCGGCGGCCGGCAGAGCCAUGCUCUACAACAUCGGCCAGCCGCUGGCCGCCAUCAACAGUGGGUUUUUUGGAGAGCCAGACAGCUUCUCAAUGUACAACAACAACAGAAUGAAAAGAAGACCAUCUCCUUAUGAAGUGGAGAUCAGUGAUGGUCCUCAUACAAAAGUGGUCCGCCGUAUUUUUACCAAUAGCCGGGAAAGGUGGAGACAACAGAAUGUCAACGGUGCAUUCGCAGAGCUUCGUAAACUCAUUCCGACCCACCCACCUGAUAAAAAACUGAGCAAGAAUGAAAUUUUACGUCUGGCUAUGAAAUACAUCAACUUCCUGGCCAAACUGCUUAAUGACCAGGAAGAAGAAGGAAACCAAAGGGGCAAAGUGAACAAAGACACUGGGAUAGUCCAAGAGGAUCUCCUGCAGGACAUGUUGUCUCCAAAUUCUAGCUGUGGAAGCUCUUUAGAUGGAGCAGGGAGCCCAGACAGCUUCACAGAAGAACAGGAAACAUUAGAUUCAAAGCAUACGAGGAGUCUUCAUCACUCCAUUCUUCCUGUAGAAGGCAAUGCCCAGCGAUGACAACCUUACAGAUCCCUCCUAAAACACAGAGGGGAAAAGUAAACUUUAAGUCUCUGGGUCUUGGAAUUACACUGUAUUUUCCCAACUCUACAUCUCCAGAAAGAAUAUUUCUAAAGGUCACAAUCCCUGAACUAAAAGGAUAGCGAGUUGAUGGAGAACAAGACCAAAUCAAGUGGACAUUCAACAUUUAGGUACUUGAUCGGACGGAGACGAAAGUCAUUUUAUUGUACAUAUUGUUCAUGGACGUAAUACUGGAUGGGGGGAGGGAACAUUGCUGACGCCUCUUCAAUAUCGAGUGAUUUGAUGAUGGUCUCUUGAAACAGAAUAAUCAUGGCUCAGAAACAGGCAGCAACUCCCUCUUUCACUAUCAAUGGAAGCUACAUGUCCCUUUCAUUUGCAUGUGGCGCUUGGAAACUACCAAAAUCUCUAACAGUUCUGCAGCAUCUCUCCAAACUAUUUUAAUGACGUAUAUGCAACUUGUUGGUGUGGAAGCUAGGACAAUGCCUUCUUGUUGUCCAAGAGCUUUUGACUUUACCUUUUUAAAACGCUGAAAAAUGCCUCCCACUAAAGAACUAUUAUAAGGAAUGAGACUUUUUUUUU